UUCUCAGGUGAAACCACUUACAUCCACCUGUUCACAUUCCUGAAACUGCUGAGUUGGGUGACACUGACCCCAUCCAUCUCCGCCUGUAUCCUGAGAAAGAACUCCUCACCUGGAGGAGAUACAUACCCGACCCCCCCUCUGGGCAAGACACCUACCUGACCCCCCCCCUGGGCAAGACAUCUACCUGACCCCCCCUGGGCAAGACAUCUACCUGACCCCCCCCUGGGCAAGACAUCUACCUGACCCCCCCUGGGCAAGACAUCUACCUGAUCCCCCCCCCCUGGGCAAGACAUCUACCUGACCCUCCCCUGGACAGGACAUCUACCUAGCUGCCCAAGACCUCUGGACUAGACAUCCACCUGUCCCCCAGACAUCUUCUGGCCUACCUGUCCCCCAGUAUUUACUUCUCUGUGCCUUUCUCACACCUGGAUCUUUUCUGAUACUCUUCCCUGAACCCCCACCGGUUGCCUGGACCCUCAUAAGACGAGGGGGGGUCUAAAUUUCAGCGAUGGGAACGUUUCUACGCCAAUUUCUCGUCCUCCUGGCAGCUCUGAAUUUUGCUUCUUCUCAAGUUCAGGACCGCAUUGUUGGAGGAACUGAUGGAAAUAUCGCUAAUUAUAACUGGCAAGUGAAUGUGAGGUACAUGGGCGCCCCGGCAUGUGGAGGCUCCAUAAUCUCGGCUCAGUGGAUUUUAACGGCGUGCCAUUGUUUCCCUACCGAGCACGCCAUUUCAGAUUAUGAUGUCAUCGCUGGAACCACCAACCUGGAUCCAACAGAUGCCGACACCCAGACUCUGAUGAUCGAAGCCGUGUACAAGAACCCAUUGUACAACGAAGACGCCUAUUCCGGAGACAUCGCCGUGGUCAAACUUAAACGCCCGCUGUCCUUGACAAGCCGCGUGGGCACCAUCAGCUUAUUGGCCGCCGGCGUCCAGGUCCCGGCCGGACUGAUUUGUUAUGUCACCGGAUGGGGCAACACCCAACAAGGAGUUUCUCUCCCUAACCCCAAGACCAUGCAAGUGGGCCGAGUGCAAGUCGUCAGUUCCAGGACCUGCCAAUGUCUGCACAGCAUUGACCUAGGCCCAAAGGAACCCGUGACAACCAUCCAAUCAGACAUGCUGUGUGCGGGGUACAAGGAGGGCACUACAGAUGCCUGCCAGGGUGACUCGGGUGGACCCCUCGCUUGCAAUAUUGGCAGUAAAUGGUACCAGGUUGGCGUGGUCAGCUGGGGAGACAAGUGCGCCGCAAAGAACCGACCCGGAGUCUAUAUAAAGCCCGACGCCUACAUUGACUGGAUUAAAGGUUAUGUUAGCGAUUGCAAAGUAGAGUCCAUCUCCAUAGACCAGGCUCCCAUCCCAGACAACGAGAACGGCUGCAAGUCAGCAGAUGGGAACGUUUACCCCUACCCCAACAAGGGGAGCGCUGUCCUGAUCACCUUCAUCACCCUCCCGCUGUACUGGCUGAGUGCCUAUCUGCUGACCAACUUGUAGGCCCAGGACUGACCCCCUCCCGACCAUUGCAAGAUUAAAUUCUACAUCUCUCCGAGAUCAAACUCCUCCUUGUGUCCAGUGCAGACCUCCUCCUGUAUAUGUACAAUAUCAUGCAGCGUCAUACUGUGCCCUUCCCACUUGGGGGCGCCAGCGCUCCUGUCUGCAUUUCUCAGAUGCUUCAACUCCAACUUUUUAGUAAAUUCGGCAAAACUGACUUUCAUUUGAAGUAAACGGAAAAAUGAAAUCUGUUGUUGGGAAGACGCCCGGGAACAGCUGAAUAAGAGAAAGAGACUAAUUAUUUGGCCAGUAUACUGGUUGGGACACGGAUACCAGUGCUGCAGGGGAACAUGGACUGACUGAAGGGGGCGCUAGUUGCACAUUAGCGAUUUGAGAUUCUUCUUCUUCUGUGAUCUUUUGGCUGUCACACAACAGCUGGCCUGAGAGGCUUCCUUUCACUAAACCCUGUUUAGUUUUGUUAAGCACCGUGUAUCAUAUAAAUUUGCCUCCCCCCCACCCACCUAUCUUUAGUGCCCUUGAUUUUCUCCCACCACUUCCUGUCUACAUGCAUGCGCGGUUGCAGCUUCCUGAUGACGGUGGAUUGCCCCCUGUGCAAUGUGCCAGCACGGCUGCUCGUCGUCUCCACCAGGGGAACAUGUAACGGGGUGACAACGCAGGAGCACAAUUGCCAGGCAGUUGUCACCCCGUAACAGGAAGUGCCUGUACAAGGGUCUGUGUGUCAGGAUCACCGGGAAUUGUAAUAAAAGCUGCAGAUUUAGAGUGAAAAUUAUUUUUGAAAUGACAGUAAUGUGCUUAUAUGAUUUUACCAAUUUCUGGAUUUAUGUCUACUUUAAUAUCUUUAAUUAAGUGUACAGUAUAUAUGAUGUGAAGUUCUGUUUUUACCUUUUUAAAGUUGAACGCCACAAUCAGCAACUAUUGUCUAAAUAUAAGAGUGUGUAUUCUUCCUGAA